AUGCACAGAUGCACUGAGUCUAUUGAUGGCAUACUAAGCCGUGGCGUCACAAAUACCGAACUAUUCAUCGAAAGUAUUCGUAGGCUGUUGGAUAGCGGAUGCGAGCAUGCCAUCGAUGGGCUUGCUAAGUAUCUUGAUGCUGACAAUCUCCCUACUAUGCACAUCUACUUUUCAUUCAUCCUUAGAUACAGCACAAGCAUGCAGCUACAACUUGAGCAUCAAAUAUCCAGAUUCUGGCUUAUUAGAUUCAAAUGCCUACAGCAAUGCGAUCUGUUUAAUGCAAGGCGGCCCGGCAGCACAUGCGGCAUUCGUAUAGCACACGGUCAGCAUCAUGAAGAUCAUGACGGCGUCUAUGAAAAUGCAAUAUGCGAGUUUGCACGGCACAAGAUCGACAAUCUGGUGCUUGACACACUGGAAGGCCAACUGCGCCUGAUCAACGAGAUCCGCAAGAUAUACAGAAUGACAUCCCAAGGAGCACACAAGACAAAAAAACAGCGCGAAUAUAAACUGCAUGGAUCGUUGUACUUUCAGCACAGACAUACAAGCACAGGUGCAUUCUCGUCACUAUUUGCUCCUGUACGCAUAGUAGACGAAAUUCUUGUCCAGGAAACAACAGUGUUUGCAUCAUCGACCUUUCCCAUUCUUGUGCUGCUAAGAGCUGCAAGCAGCAUGUGCAAGACAAUAUACAAGCAAGGCGAUGACUUGACAACAGACAUGUUUGUUCUUGAGACAGUCAGGUAUUUUUCAAUGCUGUUGCAGAUCCAGCUAGUGACAUAUACCGUUAUUCCAUUGAGUAGGACUGAGGGAUUGGUACAGGUUGUGGAAGGAGUAGACUUUUCAAGGAUACACAGCUGUAGCCAACUUGAAAAAUACAUCGGCACACACUCAGAUGUAUUUAUUGAGUCACUGAGCACAUACACUGUCAUCUGCUAUGUACUGGGGAUUGGAGACAGAAACCCAGGCAACAUGAUGGUGACUGCAGAUGGAUCGUUCCUGCAUAUUGAUUUCAGCUAUGUGUUUGGGAAUGAUCCAAAGCCUUUUUGUGCAAAAAUCAGCAUCUGUAGGCGAAUAUGUAAAUAUCUCAAGAAGGACACCAGAGUGUAUGAUGCAUUCAUUGCAAAGUCUGUCGAUGCCUUUCUCAAGAUAAGAAGGUCAUAUGGCAGAAUCAUCGUGUUCUGGUGCUUGCUAGUCAACAGUGGGAUAUUCAAGCUGGACUUAGACGAAGCAUCAAGAUUUGUGGCAGAAAGGCUGCUGCUUGACUGCUCAGCAGCGGAUGCAUCGAGAAUCUUCGAGCGAAGCAUGAAGAGCAGCAUAGGAUCGGUGCGGACAUCGGUUGUUCAUGCAAUUAACCAGAUUGCAGCAUUCCUCAGGAGAUGA